AUCAUUUUCUAACCUAUGAUUACACAUAACCUAUAAAAUUGUUUAUAUCUUGUUAUAAGUGCUUAAUUUAUAAGAAUAUAUUAAAAUAUGGGUGAUUACGAAGAGUUCACAGCCGAAGAGCUAGAAUUACCUCCUUGCAAAUAUGAAUACCUCGACCACACCGCAGACGUACAAAUCCAUUCAUGGGGUGAAACACUUAAAGAAGCCUUCGAACAAGCUGGUGUUGCCAUGUUUGACUACAUGACUGAACUUGGUACAGUCGAGAUAGUUCAAUCAGUUGAAAUAGAGGCUGCAGGUUCAGAUUUAAACAACCUGUUAUAUAAAUUUUUAGACGAACUAUUAUUCACGUUCAGCGUGGAGCCUUUUCUGACUUGUAGGAAAUUAGUUAUCACAGAAUUUAAUGUGAAUGUGGCCGAGGGUGAAGAUAUGACUUUGAAAUGUAAAUGUUAUGGUGAAGAGUUUCAACUUGGGAAGCAUCCACAAGGAACAGAAGUGAAGGCCAUAACAUAUGCAUCAAUGCAAAUUAUUGAUGAACCUGAUAAAAAGAAAGAAAUAUUUGUAAUUAUUGAUAUUUAAAUUAAGUUUGUUUUUAUUUUUUUUAUAAUAAAUUAUUUUAAAUAUUUGAAA